AGUUUAGGUCAUCGUCGAAGGAAUUGCCUCCUACUACUCGAGCAUUGUUGCAAUUUUUCGGGCGUAGGCCCCAAAAACUGAUCAGUUUUAAGCAGUAAUUGUCUAACUUUUGUUUUUAUUGUGCUAACCAAGUCCAUUUUUUUUGGAACUCAAAUUUAACAUUUGUCUCAAGCGCUUGGUCUAGUGCUUGAUUCGUGGAGAGUGAACGAGAUGGCGCGUCGUCUUCAAGAAUUCUGCUAAUGCGUAUAGUUCGUGUUGUGCCCUCUAUCGGCGGCUGCCCAAAAGUGUCGUCCCCCAUUUAAAGUUGAUGUGAUUGACUCAGACUGACAUUUAACAUAACCAUACAGUUUGUUUACAAACUGUUUCAACCGAUAUUCCUUUGAAGAAAACAGUUAAAAAAACCCAUAUUUGCCAUGGCGGAGAAGCUCACUUACAUUCAACUCACAUCCUUCGUGAAUCCCACUUUCUGGAGCAAGUUAACCGAACUUAAGUUAGAUGUGGACAGAUUGAGUGAGGCUGAAAGACAUGUCUGGGCGUAUUUUCCUUUGUUGAAUAAUUGUACUGUCCCGCACCCUUACCUCGAAGUAGAUAGUACAUCGUUUAAUAAAGAUUUCAACAGCCAGAACAUGUACGUGCCAUUUGAGGGCACCCUGUGCAACAGAAACACCGUUGAACAGUUUAAGGAAUGCGACAAAAUGGGCAUUAUAAAUGCUGCGGGUGCUAACUUGUAUAGAAGUAUAGUUAGCGGAGAAGCUUUAGAAAAACCCUCAAUUUUAAACAGUUUUUUAAUAUUGUCGUUUGCAGAUUUGAAGAAAUAUGAUUAUUAUUAUUGGUUCGCCUUUGUUGUACCUAAAAACCUGUUUAUCGAAGUUGCAGACAAAAGCAACAUUUCUGCCGUAUUUACCAAAGACAUUAGAUCUACUUUGUACAGCGAAUUUAAGCAGCUUAGCGCCAUCCAAAAGACCUACUUCCUAGUGGAUUCCAAGCUUAAUAAAAUAUUAACGUUAAAGGAAGUUAAAGGCCUCUCAAUGGAUGCUACUAAAGAUUUUUAUUUUGCAUUUUUCAAUAUUUCUGUUUGUCCGGAUCUGGUGGGGUCUCAGCUGCGGAACUUUGUCGCUCUUCUCACUCAUGUGUGGCCUUUUUUGCAGGACACGACUCAAAAAUUCCUAUCAAUUAUCUGUUCGCGCGAUGGAUCUGAAAUUAAUGUCGAUAAGUCUAUGGUAUUCCAUUUGAAGUUGCCCACCGUUAGCGAAAACACUCUGAACACCUGGGUGGGGUGGGAAAAAAAUGAAAGAGACCGUUUGGGACCGAAAGUUGCCCAUAUGAAAAGCACUCUUGAUCCUGCAGUAUUAGCUGAAAAUUCCGUGGAUUUAAACCUAAAACUGAUGAAAUGGCGCGUGGUUCCCGAUAUCAAUCUGGAAAAAAUCAAGUUUACCAAAUGCUUGUUGUUGGGUUCGGGAACACUUGGGUGUUGCGUGGCCAGAAGUCUUCUGGCAUGGGGCGUGCGGACUAUAACGAUGGUCGAUAACUCAACAGUAUCAUUUUCCAACCCUGUGAGGCAAAGUCUUUUCACUUACGAAGACUCGGUGAAAAUGAGGCCGAAAGCAGAAGCGGCCGCGGAUCGCUUAAAGGAGAUUUUUCCUGGAGUGAAAUCCAAGGGAGUACAGCUAACGAUACCAAUGCCCGGACAUACUGUGAGUGAGAGCACUGUGGAACAAACGACGAAAAGUGUGGCUGUUUUGACCGAUUUGAUCAAAGAGAGUGAUGUGGUGUUCCUCCUAAUGGACUCCAGGGAAAGUCGCUGGUUGCCAGCGAUGCUCGGAAGUUUUUAUAACAAGAUUGUGAUCAACGCGGCGCUGGGCUUCGACAGUUAUUUAGUAAUGCGGCAUGGGGCCCAAGCAGGAAACGCUUCUUCGGACGCCAGCCCAAAGGAACUGAAGGGAUUUCAGUUUAUCGAGGGGCGUAAUUUGGGAUGUUACUUUUGCAAUGAUGUCACCGCCCCAGGCGAUUCGGUGAAGAACAGAACGUUGGAUCAACAGUGCACAGUGACAAGGCCUGGGAUAGCGCAGAUUGCUGGCGCUUUAGCUGUGGAGUUAGCUGUGUCGCUUUUGCAGCAUAGCGACGGAUUGAAUGCGUCGGCGUUUUACAAGUUAAAAUGUAGCCCCGACGAUUUGCCCCCCGAAGUAGAGCGGCAAUGUCUGUUGGGACUCUUGCCUCAUUCCAUCCGUGGAUUUUUGCCUUCAUUUACCAACAUUCUACCAGCCACGAUUAAGUACGAUAAAUGCGUGGCCUGCUCCCACUCUAUUUUGCAGGAGUAUGAAAGCGAGGGUCUGGAGUUUCUGCUCAAGGUGUUCAACAGCUCUAAACACCUGGAAGAUGUUGCGAAGCUGACGGCUUUGCUAGAGAGUUUCGAUUUUAAUCAGGUCAUGGAACUGAGCGAUGAGGUUUCUGAUUGAAGUCGUGCUUUGUCCUUUUUUGCUUAGUUUUGCUGGAAUAAAACCACUUUUUUGGAAUAAAA